UUCUGGAGAUGUGAGCAGACGGACUGCACCUCAGCUGGAAAACACUGGAGAUGAGAAACUAUUACUUGUGGAUUAUAGACAGUGACAAAUCUUUGUAAAGGGCUUAACAGACAUGACCUGUGUGCACCCCCAGCAUGGAUCUCAGCCCUAUGAAAACAGCGUGUGCAGCUCAGAGUUUCAGAGUGUGGACUUUGCCUCCAGGUUGGCCAUGGAUAUGAGCAGCCAGCGGGACCAUCUCUCCGCCCCAUCCCUGCCGAGCAUCAACUCCCUGGUGGGCACUUACAUGGGUGACUUUGAUGCCUAUUCGUGCCAGGUCACUGCAGGCCCUGCCCACGUCCCCCCAUCAUCGGGCCAGGAGUCCCCCUUCAAGCCGGACGACUUCCAGGUUUAUGGCUGCUACCCUGGGACCUUCACACUGAGCUACCUGGAUGAGGCCCUGUCCUCUGGGGGCUCAGAUUACUUUGGCAGCCCCACAUCGGCCCCCUCGCCGUCAACCCCUGGGCUUCAAAGUCAGCCCACCUCAGCUUGGGAUUCAGCUUUUGGUCCCUACUCUCCCACUCCAGGAUACUGGGCAGCAGAGAAGCCGUCAGUGCCACAUCAGCCCUCUUUCUUCACCUUUGGUUCAGCGUCUGUGGAUGAUAUGUCACCUCUGGGUCAACCCCACUUACCAGAGCAGGACCCUUUCACGUUGACCCAACCCCACCCGGCGGCGCUCGCCUUUCCUCCCUUGGCGUUGGAGCAAGCAGGUACCCUAGAUGGAGCCGACCAGCUGGACGACAGCCUGUCAUCCAAAUCCAAAAGCCCCAGUGGAAAUGAGGGGCGCUGUGCUGUGUGUGGAGACAAUGCCUCCUGUCAGCAUUAUGGGGUUCGCACCUGUGAAGGAUGCAAAGGGUUCUUCAAGCGCACAGUACAAAAAAAUUCCAAAUACGUUUGCCUUGCCAACAAGGACUGUCCCGUGGACAAGCGACGGCGGAACCGUUGCCAGUUCUGCCGUUUCCAGAAGUGCCUAGCUGUAGGCAUGGUGAAGGAAGUUGUAAGGACAGAUAGCCUCAAAGGUCGAAGAGGUCGCCUACCUUCGAAGCCUAAAGUCAUCCAGGACUUGACAACCACCGUGUCACCAGUGAGCCUGAUCGCUUCUCUUGUGAGGGCGCACAUCGACUCAAACCCAGGCAUCGGGAAACUGGAUUACUCUAAGUAUCAGGACACAGUUGUCAGCCUGUCAGAGAAAGAGGACGCCAGCGACAUAAAGCAGUUCUACGAUCUGCUCACAGCCUCCAUGGAGGUGAUCAGGAAGUGGGCUGAGAGCAUCCCGGGUUUCUCUGACUUCUGCCCAGAGGACCAGGAGCUGCUGCUGGAGUCGGCAUUUGUUGAGCUCUUCAUCCUCCGGCUUGCAUACCGGUCUAAUCCAGAGACAGACAAGCUGAUUUUCUGCAAUGGGGUCGUGCUUCACAAGACGCAGUGUGUCCGAGGCUUUGGAGACUGGAUCGACUCCAUCAUGGAGUUUUCUCAAAGCCUCCAUCGCAUGAAACUGGAUGUGUCCUCCUUCUCCUGCCUCACAACCCUGGUCAUAAUCACUGACCGCCAUGGUCUUAAGGAGCCGAAACGUGUGGAGGACAUGCAGAACCAGCUCAUCACCUGCCUCAAAGAUCACGUCUCUGGCUGCGCCUCUGACUCCUCGAGGCCCAAUUAUUUGUCCAGACUACUUGGGAAGCUGCCUGAGCUAAGGACACUGUGCACACAAGGCCUCCAGCGCAUCUUUUACCUUAAAUUGGAAGAUCUUGUUCCCCCACCGCCAAUAGUGGACAAAAUUUUCAUGGAUACGCUUCCGUUUUGAGAGGGUGAGAUUGAUCAUCUGUGAUGUUUAUAGGACAAUCAAGAGAACAGACUGAACACUCACAUGUCAAGUGGUAAAAAAUGAUGCAAGAGGCUACGAAGAAUAAGAAUCCUAGAAAGGAUCAUACAGCAUUCUCCUCUAAAUGUGUAUGAGGAAACCAGUGUGUGUGCGUGUGUGUGUGUGUGUGUGUGUGUGUGCGCGCGCGCGCGUGUGCGUGUGUGGGUGGGUGGGAGGGUCCAUGCACAUUGCAAAAGAGACAUUUCUAAGGUCAGUUUCGUU